AUGGAAAAGCCAAAUGUAACCGUAACGGAUCAGCCCCCACCGUAUUCCGCUACGGUGCCACCUGGUCCCAUGCCUCAGCCAUCACCUCAGCCUGCUGGCAUGCAGGGUGGAGCAUAUCCUCCUCCACCACCGGGUUACACUCCAUAUGCGAGCGCCCCACCACCCACAGCUUUUGUUCCCAACUAUGGUGCCACAAAUAUUGUUAUAACGCCACCUAUAAUCACAGUAGGAGCUUGUCCAGCAUGUCGAGUAGGAAUUCUUGAAGAUGAUUUUACAUGCCUUGGCAUACUUUGCGCCAUCCUCUUCUUCCCUCUAGGGAUCUUGUGCUGCUUGGCAAUGAAAAACAGAAGAUGCUCAAACUGUGGAGCAUUGUUUGGA